AAUCAGGAGGCAGGUGAGGCGAUGCAUGCUGAAUUGUACAAGGAUGAACAAGAACCGGCCAACAAAAAUGAAUGCUAGCUCCUCCUGCAUGCAUCCUCCCAUUCUCAUCACUCCAAACCUAUGAACAAAAUGCAUGCCUCAGAAUUCCAUUGGCUCAAUAAUUGCCAAAAUAGAGCGGAAUAAUUACUAUCGUGUAGAAGAAACUCUACUCUGAUCUCUUUCUGUCGCCAUGGGGCAUCAAAACUGCCGUCGUCCUCCGCAUGUCGUCGUUGCUCUUGUUGCGAUAGUCCUGCUGCAACCAUGUUUCGUCUCGGUUGCAUCCUCGUCCAGCUCGGUGGCCAUCGACGGCGGCGGGACCAACGUAAAGGUGCCGGCGGUCGACGGCGGUGCUGGCAGCUUCGUCGAGUUCGUGACCGAGAACGUGGAGCUGUACAGCAACGUGAGCAAUGAGCACAUGUACGGGUCGGCGGGCAAGGUGUGGGAUCCGCAGCUGCUGGUGGCGCAGGGCAUGGUGGUACGGUACGUGGUGAGCCCCGACGGCAAGGGCAAGUUCAGGACCAUCAACGAGGCCGUCAGGGCCGUGCCGGAGGGGAACAAGAGGAGGGUCAUCCUCGACAUCAGGACGGCCACCUACAGAGAGAAGGUGCUGGUCCCGUACACGAAGCCGUUCAUCACGUUCUUGGGCAACCCCAAGAACCCCCCGGUGAUCAUGUGGGACGACAGGGCGGCGACCCACGGCAAGGACGGCAAGCCCGUCGGCACCGUCGGCAGUGCCACGGUGGCGGUGGAGUCGGACUACUUCAUGGCCUCCGGCAUCGUCUUCAGGAACCACGCGCCGAUGGCUGCGCCGGGGCAAGAGGGCGGGCAGGCGGUGGCGCUGCGGGUGUUCGGCACCAAGGCGGCAUUCUACGACUGCACGAUCGAGGGUGGGCAGGACACGCUGUACGACCACAAGGGCCUGCACUACUUCAAGUCGUGCCACAUCCAGGGCAGCGUGGACUUCAUCUUCGGCUUCGGGCGGUCCCUGUACGAGGACUGCGCCAUCAUGUCGGUGACGAAGCAGGUGGCGGUGGUGACGGCGCAGCAGCGGACCAAGAGCAUAGCGGGCGCCAUCGAGAGCGGCUUCUCCUUCCUCCGGUGCCGGAUCGCCGGCACGGGCGCCGGCCAGAUCUACCUUGGCCGCGCCUGGGGCGACUCCUCCCGGGUGGUGUACUCCUACACCACCAUGGGCAAGGAGGUGGUGCCCGUCGGCUGGGACGGCUGGAGGAUCGAGAGGCCCGAGAAGAGCGGCAUCUACUACGGCGAGUACAUGUGCUCGGGCCCCGGCGCGCUGCCGCACAAGCGGAUCGGCUGGUCGCUCGUGCUCAACGACGCCCAGGCCAAGCCCUUCACCGGCAUCCACUUCAUCUUUGGCGACUCGUGGAUCCUGCCGCCGCCAAGCCUGGUGGGCUAGCGCGGAACGGAGCGGAUCAUGCAGUGUUACCAAUACCAUAUAGCGGCUAGCACUACUUUAUUAAUCUCUUCAGAGUUCAGACGUUGCAGAACGCGAUCCAUCAGUUGUUGGCGUCUUUGCUGUGUCCUCC